AUGGCUACAGGUACAUCACUAUCAGCGGCAUUUGAAGCGUUACGUGCAACAGAUGAAAAAGCAAAUUUUCAGCGAUUGACACGGCUUCUGAUGCGUGGAGGUCUCGCACUUUUAAAGGAGGUGUUUGACAGUAUCCAUCCCCCACCCAACCUUCCAGCUGCGCUUAGUAACCCUGUAAUAAAGACGCAGCUCCAAACUCUUAGAAGAAACAGAGUCCUUACCCACCCCGAAUGGAACUGCCUUUACAACCCAAGUGGGCCAGGGACGUAUGGAAAGUCGACUGAUUUUGAUAUCAGCUUACUUUGUAAAUUGCUUCGAGCAAUAUGCAACCUCACUCCUCCCAUUACUGGAUGGGACAACUUACCCAACAACACUGAUCACAGUCUUGGGGCGGACUUGAUUAGAAUUAGGAUUUAUCGUAACUCAAUUUAUGGUCACAAACACAGCAUGGAGAUAACAAACGCUGAUUUUGAGAAGCUUUGGAGAGAAAUCAGUGAAGUUCUAUUGAGAAUUGCCAUCGGAAUAAGUAGUGCAAAGAGGGAUGAGUGGAAGAAGUCUAUCGAAAUGUUUUUCCAUGAACCACUAACACCAGACGCAAAGGAAUGUGUUGAUAAACUUCGAUUGUGGUACUUAAUAGAUAUGGAUACUAAAGACAAGCUCGAAAAGCUAGAUGAAAAGAUGGAAAAGAUGAAAAUUGAACAAAACCAAAAGCACAUGGAAAUUCUAAUCUUUCUUGAAAGUCUUAAGGCAAGUGGGCCAGUUGUUAGUUCAUCCCCACAAGUGGACGGUGCUCAAUUACUAUCUGAACGUCUGGAGACGCGUAUACCUAUACCUCCAGACCAGCCAUCAGCAGAAAGUGCUACGAGUCUAUCCACAAGCACGGAACUUGAAGCCGCAAGUCAGCAGAAUCGACCAGUAGUUCCUGAUUUCUGGUAUGUUGUUUAUUCAUUUAAGAGCUCGUUAAAUCUUUUCAUCACCUACUUGAAAAUAAAACUUGGAGUUGACGUUGAAGACUACAGGCUAGGCAGCUUGGUCAUAACAGUUUCCUGCAGUUCUUUAGAAGUCCUUGAAGCAUUGUGGAGCGAAUAUCGGACAGGCCGUCUUAAAGAAGUGGUUCAAGAUACGCUUGUAACGGAAGAGGUUCUUGAGAAGCUGGAACUCAGUGAAGUACAACUGAGAACUAUCAUU